ACUGACGUCACCAGCACGCGCCCCGUCCGCUGCACUACGCCGGCGAGGGAGUUAACACACGUUUUGAUUCUCCUGGCGUUUCCUGCCCGCUCAGUGGCCGCAGUCACCCAGGUCCAGAGGCCGCGGUAUCACAGGUUCUCCGACAUGUCUAUGCUGGCUGAGCGUGAGUGUCGGAAGCGGAGGCCCGACCCGGGCGCGUUGGUGAAGAUGCCGGGUGACGCACGGCAGCCCCGAGUGCCUGGGAGCUCGGGUUCCCUGCGCGCCUAGCGCAUGGGGUCGGGGGACCGGGGAGCCGAGCCCGGCUAUGAUUGUCCUGCUCGCCGUAGAGCUCCCCGAAAGUUGUCCGCAGAUCUGGUAGUGCGAAGGACCGCGAGUGUCUCUUGGAGACGCCGUCCUCAGAAUCACUCUGGGGCGCGCGCGAAGUGGGUCAGAACACCGGGUCCUGGGACUGGCCCCGCCGCCGCCUUUUGUGGGGACCCGGACUGGUUGCUUCACUCCCCCGGACCUCAGCUUCCUCAGGUUAAAAAGAGAAGACUGAGCAGAUGGAUCACUUCAAACUGUAAUGACAUUGUCCAAGAUGUCUUGGACCCAGAAAAAGAAAAAUCAAAGGAGUUAGAAGUCUCAAAUAUGGGACGUCAGCCACUUAGCAGGGGAGUGCAGGGCUAAUGAGUAAUUCUAAGUGAGACUGGCGUUUUUGACCUUGUUAGUUGGCCACAGCGCCCCGUCCUGCCUGUUUACCUUUGACAUUUACCUUCACUUUGUGGAGUCGGUGAAAACCCCUGUCUCUGGAGAGGCUGCUGAACUUCUCAAUUGUACCUGUAGCUAAGGUCGCUUGCCACCAGAUGGCAGUCAUGGUUUGAUCCUGAAAAGCGGGUCCUUCUUGGCGGGUUGUAUAGUGAGGAAAGAACAGAAACAGCUUAUUUAACAGAUCAACCAGACCAGCACAGGGAUUUUGUGAAAUAAAUGCUGUUAGCACUCUCUUUUCUAAGAGGAUGGAGGACUAGGAGCGCAAAACGAAAUGGGUCAGGCACCAUCCCGAUUUUACAGGGGCAGAAAUUGACGUUCAAAGGAAAAUAAUUUGCCUCUAGUCACUGAGCUAGAAAAUGGCAAAAUUGAUCCAGUUGUCUCUGUAUCUUUAUAUUCUUGCCAGUCAGACCAGCAGAGACCCAUAGAAAUGAGUAUGUUUUAGACUGAACCCGUGGGUUCUGUUUUUUCACCAGUAAAAAAAUGAGGAGUCGGGUUUGAGCCUAGAUAGCUAAGAUCUCUUCUGAUUUUCGUAUUCUUUGGUGUUUGCCUAAUUCAGCAUGCACUUGGCGACUUUGGCCCUAGUUCUGCUAUUCAUUUAUGUCUGUUCCUUUGAUCAGUGUUUGUGAGGCCACUAAAAUCUUUCACUAUGUUUAUCCCUAGGUGGCUUUAAAUCAAUGAGAUGGUGAACGUGAACAUAGAUUGAAAAGUCUGAAGUAUAGAGAUGUACAAUGCUAUUUGUAGACAUCAGUAAUUCAGAUUACAUGAUUUCAAGAGGAUGUUUUCAGUUUUCCCCAACGUUAUUCCGAAUUGUCAAAUCCUUGUCAUUAUAAUAUGUAAUAUUUUUGUGUUUUCUUUUUCAUAAUUUGCUAAAUGGAUAUAGCAUCUUCUGUAAUUAGAUACUUAGGAUUGAUGUUGUUAAGAAGAAAAACCUUAGACAAAUUACACAGAGUUUGACUGAGCAAAGAAUGAUUCAAGAAUUGGGCAGGCUUCAGAACUAGAACAGGUUCUAAGAACUACAGCCUGCUAUGAGGUCAGGCAAUAUUUAUGGACCGUAAACGGAAGUUAGGUACAGAGACAACUUGGUUAGGGUUACCGCUCUGAUUUGCCUAUUUGAAUCAGCUGGCUGCCUGUGAUUGAAGCUCGGCUGCUGUAAUGGACUGAGACUCAGUUAUAUGUUACAAGAGUAUACUCCUACGAUAGGCUUUCGCUUCCUUUAAGUUCUAACGUAGGUUGUAGUUCCUUAUGUAAGGACUCAAGUACGGAGGCCUCCUCAGGGCAAAUUUAAUUUAGUGUAACAAUUCUCUCCUUCUGAUCAACCUCUGAACUUUGAGAGAUUGUUUAAAACUUCUGCCCCUGGCUCUUGGGACUCAACACGCCCUUCAGAGUAAAUGGGAUCCUAGCAUAAGUCAUGUGGUAUUGAGCUGUUGUGUGGAUGGUUUUUAUUGGAUUUGCCCCAAAAGUAUCCCAACAGACCCAUUUACAGUUAGAUCUCCACACAGGCGUACCUGCUAGAGGAUGGUUAAAUACAUCCCAAAUAGUGAUUCUGCAGAUUCGGGGCAUUCUACCUGAGGCCCAGCGCCAUGCUGUAAACACUGCUGUUCCAGAUGGUGUCAAGGGUCCCCAAGAUCAUCCCCAGAUUCAGUGAUGUGCUGGGGGAUUCAGGCACAGGACUCAGCGUAUAGUCGCACUGACUGCUAAGAUUUAUUACAGCAAAAGGAUGCAGAGCAAAGCUGGCAGAAGGAAAAGAUGCAUGCGGGCAAAGUCCAGGGUCGGCGGAAGCAGAAGUGGGCUGUGGAUCCUCAGAACACUGCCUGGAGUAAUGACGAUUCCAAGUUUGGCCAGCGGAUGCUAGAGAAGAUGGGGUGGUCUAAAGGAAAGGGUUUAGGGGCUCAGGAGCAAGGAGCCACAGAUCAUAUUAAAGUUCAAGUGAAAAAUAACCACCUGGGACUCGGAGCUACCAUCAAUAAUGAAGACAACUGGAUUGCCCAUCAGGAUGAUUUUAACCAGCUUCUGGCCGAACUGAACACUUGCCAUGGGCAGGAAACCACAGAUUCCUCAGACAAGAAAGAAAAGAAAUCUUUUAGCCUUGAGGAAAAGUCCAAAAUCUCCAAAAACCGUGUUCACUAUAUGAAAUUCACAAAAGGGAAGGAUCUGUCAUCUCGGAGCAAAACAGAUCUUGACUGCAUUUUUGGGAAAAGACAGAGCAAGAAGACUCCCGAGGGUGAUGCCAGUCCCUCCACUCCAGAUGAGAACGAAACCACGACAACCAGCGCCUUCACCAUCCAGGAGUACUUUGCCAAGCGGAUGGAAGCCCUGAAGAACAAGCCCCAGGUUCCAGUUCCAGGGUCUGACAUUUCCGAGACGCAGGUGGAACGUAAAAGGGGGAAGAAAAGAAACAAAGAGGCCACAGAUAAAGAUGUGGAAAGUUACCCCCAGCCUAAGGCCAAGAGGCACACGGAGGGAAAGCCUGAGAGGGCCGAGGCCCAGGAGCGAGUGGCCAAGAAGAAGAGUGCGCCAGCAGAAGAGCAGCUCAGAGGCCCCUGCUGGGACCAGAGUUCCGAGGCCUCUGCUGAGGAUGCAGGGGACGGUGUGCAGCCGCCUGAGGGGCGGGACUUCACCCUGAAGCCCAAAAAGAGGAGAGGGAAGAAAAACCUGCAAAAACCAGUAGAGAUAGCAGAGGACGCUACGCUAGAAGAAACGCUAGUGAAAAAGAAGAAGAAGAAGAAGAAAGAUUCCAAAUGAAUCCUUCCCAGCUGGGGCCUUCUGACCACUAAGCUGUCAGGGCGCUGCGGGGGCAGACACCUCUGGCCUGAAGUCAGAGCAGAGUUCACCCCAGAGCGCCUGGACGCAUCUUGUGACAUGCCCAUGGGCUGCCGAGUCCUGCCCUGUCGCCACAUUUCCCCCAAGUUACAUUCCCAGGAGGACCUUUUUAAUGUUCUAAAUCGUGGCUCUCAAACACAAAUAAAUUUUUUUGUAAACUCUGA